AUUUACAGUAACAUAGACACACGCCUGAAACAAAAUGUCUUCGACUCCAAAGAAGCGCCCCAAACCCAAACCCAGGCCUCACUCUUCGAUUCCAUUACUCCUCGAACCUCCCCCGAGUCUCUUCCCCACCAAGGACGAGUUUCUCAGGCUCAUAGCAGUCCUCGCCAUCGCUACCUCCGUCGCUUUCACCGUCAAUUUCUCCUACUCCGCUCUCUUCAACCCCUACUCCAAGCCCUUCUGCGAUGGCCCCGACGACUCCCUCGACUUCAUCUCCGAUUAUUGUGAGCCGUGUCCGAGUCAUGGACGAUGCCAUGAAGGCCAGUUGGAAUGUGAUCAAGGAUAUAAAAAGCAUGGGAAGUUAUGUGUAGAAGAUGGAGUUAUUCAGGACACGGCUACGAAACUUGUGGAAAGGGUAGAAAUUCGUCUUUGUAAAGCGUAUGCUGAAUUUUUGUGCUAUGGGACUGGAACAAUUUGGGUUGAACAGAAUGACAUAUGGAAUGACUUAGAUAAGAACGAGCUGGCGGAACAUGUUGGCUCAGACAAUGCAAUUUAUAUGUAUGCAAAACAAAGGGCAAUGGAGAUGAUUAAUAGAAUGUUGGACAGAAGGACAAAUUCUCUGGGGGUCAAAGAGUUGAAGUGUCCUGACAUGCUAGCAGAACACUACAAACCAUCAUCCUGUCGCAUCCGUCAAUGGAUCUCUGAGCAUGCAUUACUUAUUUUUCCAGUUUGCGCAGCGCUUCUGGGAUUGACGUUGUUACUUCGGAAAUUCCACCAAAGGCAGUAUCUAUCGACUAGAGUUGACGAGCUUUACCAACAGAUCUGUGAAGAGCUCGAGGAGAAAGCCUUGAUGAAUAGAGCGAAUGAUAAAUGUGAACCAUGGGUUGUUGCCUCUGCAUUGCGUGAUUCUCUUCUUUCCCUGAAAGAGAGGAAGAACCCUGUAUUGUGGAAAAAGGUAGAAGAGUUGAUUCAGGAAGAUUCCCGUGUGGAUCGUUAUCCAAAGUUGGUGAAAGGUGAAUCAAAAGUAGUAUGGGAAUGGCAAGUUGAAGGAUCUUUGAGCUCUUCGAGGAAAAGUAGAAAGGGUGAGGCUAGCAAAUUGAAGUCCAGCAAAGGUACAGAAAGGAGUCCUGAUCAACAUUUCCAUUCACUCAAGGCUGACCAAAGGCAAUUGAAUUUUGAUACAACGAUGUUGAGGCAGUGACUAUUAUUCUGUCAGGCAAGGUGAUGUUUUGUCUCUGUAAGGUAAUUCAUUAGGAGAUGUAUGACAAACUGUAAAUUUGUAACGGGAUAUAGAUCAAGAUGUCUGAUUAGAUAUGAUUAACUGUUUGAUCACUUGAUGUAAGAAUACAGUGGCAAGCCCCGCUAGUCUUUUUCCAUCAUUCAGAUCCAAAUAGUUGAAUGUAUUCUAGAUAUCAGGUUUACUUUCCGUUUGUUUAUCCAUGAGUGUUAAUCAGAUAGAGCAUACCAAUGACUGAGGUAUGCUCAAUACACUGAAAAUGAAAAAACUUUUCCUGCUGUACUUUUCAUGUACUGUAAAUGUGAUGCAACAUGUAACCUAUGCUUAUCACAACUUCGUUUGUCACUA